GCCUCUGCCACAUGAUUUGACUCAUAGAUCCUCUUUUGUCCACAGGCAGUUGUCUUAGGAGAAGAGAAGAAAGAGCUCUCAAAUGCUGUGCCAAUUCUGGAACUCAGUAGAAUGAUGGAAUACCGUUCGUCACUGGAAAAUUUGGAUGAGGAUGGAUACACUCAAUUAGACUUCAGCUCUCGCCACAUCACCAGGAGAUCUGUGGACUCAAAGAAAGCUUCCUUUUGUUCCUUACGACCUUGUGCUCCAUCCCCUCGUUGGUGUCCCAUUGCUGUGGCUGUGGGGAUUUUGUGCUUGGUAACGCUGGUGACAGCUGUGGUCCUAGGUACCGUGGCUAUGUGGAGAUCCAGUUCAGGGAACAACCCAUUGAAGAAUGACAACUUUCCAUCAAGAAAUAAGGAGAACCGCAGUCAACCCACACAGUCAUCUUUAGAAGAGAGUAUGGCUCCGACCAAGGCUCUCACAGGAAUUCUUCCUAGCUCGUGUCCCCCUCACUGGAUCACACAUGAGACUAGCUGCUACCUAUUUAGGACAUCAUUAGAUUCCUGGAACGGAAGUAAAAGACAGUGCUCUCAGCUGGGCUCUCAUCUCCUGAAGAUAGACAGUGCAAAAGAGUUGGAAUUUAUAUCAUGGCAAGUGUCUUCCCAGCCUGAUCAUUCAUUUUGGAUAGGGCUUGCUCGCCGUCAGACUGAAGGACCGUGGCUCUGGGAGGAUGGUUCAAUGUUCUUGCCUGACGUGUUUCAAAUCAGAAGCACAGUUACCCAAGAAGACUCAUCUCACAACUGUGUGUGGAUUCACGUGUCAGACACUUAUGACCAACGUUGCAGUGUGCUUUCAUACAGUAUUUGCGAGAAGAAGCUGUCAAUAUAAUGGUGGGGGUGUCACCAGGGAAACGCAAAGAGAAGUAUGUAGGAUAGUAAGAAAGGCAGAAAACAAAACAGAAAAGAGAGAUGAUUGAGGUCAAAACAAAUGCUGAAAAUAGCAAGAGAGCGCAGUCAUCUUAGCUGAGAAACAGGACGGGGAGGCUGGGAUUUCUAUACUUGCCAACUCCACCGGGCAACCCGAAUUAUUGUCUAGUUAUUAGAGCCCUAGAAAUGGAGUCAAGGCAGCUGAACUUGAAUUUUCAUUCUGCCGCUGACUCUGUAUUUACCAGGGAUUCGCCACAAAGGUGUUUCAAGAUCUUAAUUUCUGACUAAAGCAGAGGUUUUUUGUUUUGUUUUGUUUUGUUUUGUUUUGUUUGUUUUUGUCCUUAAAAAGGGCCGCUGGAGUCCCUCUGGUUUGUUUCCAUGAUUUGCUCCUGCACUUUCAGCAGUGUAUCAGACACACGAGGAAUUUUGUUUUUAUUACCACAGUUUAAUGAUUUUUUAAAAUGUAGAAGCACAGGCAAGUUUGGCAGGGUGGGGGGGGGCUAGAAAGAAUUAUCGGGGGUAAAGGGAGCUCUCCAGGGGUCUGUCCAUUUCCACCAGGCAGCUCUCAAGAUGGGUGGUACUGAGUGUGGGCUGGAGCGGCAUGGUCACCUCCCCUCCGUGUCCUCAGACCGCCUGCUGGAAAUCUUUUUUGAAUAGCUAAAUGAAGAAAAGAAAAAAGAAACUUCGCUAAAUCAGAGCCAUUUUAUUAUUUUAUUCAUCAAUGUGGUCAUGAUUAUGCUCAAAACAUCAUAAAAAAAAUCAGCAAUUUUGUCUUUUUUCCCUCAAUUAAAUAGCUGAGAGAAUAUGCCUGCCGUAUCUCUAACUAGUAGAAUCUUGUGUAACGUGAAAUUAUAGGAAUUUGCACUUACAAAAAAGCUUUCCCCUUUUUAAAUACUGUCAAUCAAAAAAAGAUCUGAUAAUAAAUAUAAAAAGUAACCUGUCUUAUUGACGGAGUAUUACCAUUUUGUAAUGCAAAUUAUGUUUUAUUGCUUUUUAUGAUUACUGUUUUGCAGUUGUCAGCAAUUCCUUAGUAACUACUAUAAAAAGGUACUUUUGAAACAUCA